CUUAUGUGGACCAAUAGAAAUCUUGCCAAGUGUACGUAGUUUUUUGAUUUCAGCCGCCACAUGAAUUGGUCACUGUGUUUCGGUGUCAUUUUGUGCCUUGUUUCUUCUUCAGAAGUCACAUUCGCCAAAAGAUUUGAUGCGUCUAAUUGCGAAGGUAAUUUCUGACUUUAUAUGGGCUUAUUCGCAGUAUGUAUGAAAUUUUUGGGAUCCUUCAUCGAAUCACUUCAACCUAGUGAUCGAGAAACUUCAGACAAAAUCAAGGAAGCUUUCAUGAAAAAGUGUGCAACAUCAGUCGGGAAGGAUAAUGAUUUUUGCUAUCAUGUUGGGGGUUUGAAGACGUCAGCGGCAAGUACACUUAAUCGUCUAGUGGAUCCAAUUAAAUGGCAGAUGCCCGUAGAAAAGGUGUGCCAAAAACUAUUUGAACUUGACUCCCAGAUUUGCGACUUAAGAUAUGAAAAAGUUAUCGACCUUAAGGAGCUUGAUUUCAAGAAGUCAAAAGUCAAAGAUUUAAAGAAGAUUAUAGAUAAGUGGGGAUUGGAAUGUCGAGGUUGUUCAGAGAAAAGUGACUUUAUUCAACUCAUCAAGAGCAAUAUUCACAAAUAUGAUCCUGAUGCUGCAACUUAUUUGGAAGCAAGAAACGAACUUUGAACUCCUUCGUAACUCCUUUUGUACAAAGUUGUCAUUAGCAGACUUUAUUGUUUUCAUAUUUUUAUUUGAUGUGAUUUAAUGCUGUUUUAGGUUUGCCAAAUGUUUUCUUAACUUAACAAACGGGCUUCUUGUAGGUCAGGUUUCUAUGUAUGAAGUGUAACAAUUAAAAAGUAUGGUGAAUUAAUCUCAUUAUCGAUGGUUGUAUUGUCUUUCUUUCUUAGUCAGGUAUAAGUGUUCUGCACUGAUGGAAGGUAAAAAGCAGUUAUCAAGACUACAGGAAUUGUUUGUACUGUUCAAAUUUGAAGCGUAUUAAUUAGUUUUUUAUGGUUUGACGCUGUAUCUUGAAAAAACCCAAGGUUUCAUUUCUGCGUAAUAUUAGCUCAAAGUUUCAGGGGAAAAUUCGCUUUGUCAACAUUUAAGCCCUACAUCCUUCAUAAUUUUAUUGAUGAAUGUCGGACUUUUCAUAAAAGGAUAAAGACAGUUACGUACUCUGAACGACCGUGUUUAUUAAUAAACUCUUAUGAAACCAUUUUUAAUAUUAGAAAC